GGGAAUGUGUUGUGUAUAUAAUAUGCUAAUGCAGGUUCCUUGGUAUAAUAUAUAAUUUCAUGUUGUAAACCUGAGAGAAGAACAAGAAGAUGGAAGAAGGGUCUUCUUCACUCAAUCCAAUCGCCACUAAGAGGUUGGAAGGUAAGGUGGCUUUCAUAACCGGUGGUGCCAGCGGCAUCGGCGCAGCCACCGCUAGGGUUUUUGUCCGUCACGGUGCCAAGGUUGUGAUCGCUGACGUCGAAGACGAUCUUGGCCGAUCCGUUUGUGACGAAAUACGCUCCUCCGUUGGCGAUGCAGCUGAUAUUUCCUACGUCCACUGCGAUGUUACAAGCGACUCCGACGUUGAAGCUGCGAUCAACACCACAGUCUCGAAGCACGGCAAGCUCGACAUUGCCUACGGCAACGCCGGCGUGUCCGGCAAUCCGAACCCUUCCGUUCUCGCCAUCAACGAAGAGCUGUUCAAGAAAGUUUUCGCGGUGAACGUGUACGGAUGCUUCCUCGUCGCAAAGCACGCGGCUAGGGUUAUGAUUCCGGCGAAGAAAGGGAGCAUCAUCUUCACGUCCAGCAUCGCGUCGGUGAACCACGGCGGAUUAGCACACGAGUACGUGGCGUCGAAGUACGCAGUGGUGGGACUGACGAAGAACCUCAGCGUAGAGCUGGGCGCGCACGGCAUCAGAGUAAACUGCGUAUCGCCGUACGCGGUGGCGACGCCGAUGAUGGUGAACGGCAUGAGGAUGAAGAAUGAGGACGUGGAGAGGGUAUAUUCAGAAGCUGGGAAUCUGAAAGGAGUGAUUCUAAAAGCUGAGGAUGUUGCAGAAGCAGUUAUGUAUCUGGGAAGCGAGGAAUCGAGUUAUGUGAGUGGACUUAACUUGGUAUUGGAUGGAGGCUAUAGCCUCACGAACGUGUCUGCUGGAUGGGCUGUGAUGAACCAUUUCAAAACCAUGAACUCGUGUUGAAGGUUUUUGCUUUCUGAGGUUAUUAUAUAAAAUCUGGCUCGUGGUAUCUUUAUUUUCUUCUAAUAAUAUUGUGUGCAUGUCAACCACCAAUAAGUAAAUGAUCGGCCUUUUUUAUCA